UUCCCGGGUCGGAGCCCCGACCCACCCAUAUAAAAUCAAGAGCCCAUCCACUGCUUAAUUCACUCGACUCAAUCGCUAUUAGAUCUUCGUCUCCUCUAAUUUCAGCAAUCAUUCCCAUCUGCAAACCCUAGCAAUUUCUGUUCGUCGAAUCUCCCAAAUUUUACCAAGCAAAUAGCAAUCUUCAAUUCCCCAACCAUGGUUACGUUCUCCUCCAAGCUAUCGGGCCAGAUUAGGUUUCUGCUGCAGGACGUUAACGAUUCCAACUCCGAUUCGGUUUUCCAAGAACUAUGCAACUAUACAAUGCAUGGAAUGGAGGCGAGCAUAUUACUUCUGCAAGCCUGUUUCGACCACAUCGAUAUUUAUUCCAGGGAUUUGAAGGAUAUGAAGCUGCAACCGAUAUUUGCUUCAAUAUUCAAAUAUUUAUUGGAUAAACCUAACUUUAGUUCAAUAUUAAGUGAGUCACUGCGGUCUAAAGCCAUCAAUGAAGACCUACUGCUGAAUCUUUCUGAUGCUUUACACUUGUCGGUACCUGAGAAAAUUGGAGUAGGGCUUGUUUUGUCUAAUUCUGAAGAUCAUGAUACCAGGAUGUGCGGAAAGAAUUUCUGCAUGAGUCAGAUCACAGAGUUGUGUGCCAAUCCUGUUGCAUUUGAGUCUUCCAAGUUAAUUCACCAUAUUCUUGUGUUUCUCAGUCGGUCUGAAGGCCUCUCUAAGCAUGUUGAUUCAUUCAUGCAAAUGUUAUUUCUCGUGCAACCGAAGGACGGGGCCCAGUUUGUCAUCAUACCUUUUCUUCAUGAUGAACUACUUGAAGAUAACUUCUUCAGAAACUCAGAGUUGAUGAAUGAGGGGGGUGAAGAGGAUUUUGAUGCCAUUCUAGCAGAAAUGGAGAAAGAAAUUAGUAUGGCUGAUGUAAUGUGUGAGCUAGGAUAUGGGUGUACUGCCAAUGUGGCUCAAUGCAAAGAAAUGUUGUCGCUUUUCUUACCGCUCACUGAUGCCACAAUUGCAAAGAUUCUUGGAAUGGUUGCCAGAACUUAUGUAGGUCUUGAUGACAGGCAAAAUGUCUUUGCUACAUUCCGCUCUGCCCUUGGUGGUAACAGUGUCCUGGAUAUGCCAUCUUUGAAUUCUUGGAAUGUUGACGUCCUUGUGGAUUCAAUCAAGCAACUUGCUCUGGGAACUAACUGGAUUAAUGUCAUGGAGAAUCUGGAUCACGAGGGAUUUUAUAUCCCCAAUGAGGCUGCUUUUUCAUUUUUCAUGUCUGUCUACAAGCAUGCAUGCCAGGAACCAUUCCCUCUCCAUGCUAUUUGUGGAUCUGUUUGGAAGAAUGUUGAGGGUCAGCUAUCUUUUCUAAAAUAUGCAGUCUCUGCACCACCUGAAGUCUUUACGUUUGCUCAUUCUGAAAGGCAGCUGUCCUAUGAUGAUGCUGUGCCUGGACAUACAUUGCAGUCUGGACCUAAUCGUGCUUGGUCAUGUCAUGACCUGCUGGUGGUUCUGUGUCAGCUAUCUGAGAUGGGUCAUGCAAGUUUAGUGAGAUAUGUCCUUGAAUCUCCUCUUAAUAACUUCCCAGAAGUAUUGCUUCUUGGAAUGGCCCAUGUUAAUACUGCGUAUAAUCUUAUCCAAAAUGAGGUCGCAUCCGCUGUGCUCCCAGUGGCUCUUAAAAAGACUUCUGCAAGUGGCUUAUUGUACACUCUGUGGCAUGUUAAUCGAAACUUGUUGCUACGUGGACUUAUAGAUUCCGUGAAUGUUGAUCCAGACAGUGUCAAUAGGAUUUUUGAUGCUUUCCAGGAAAUAAAGGUUCUUCCACAAGUACUAGAUAUGUUUCCUUUUUACCUUGGCAUUCGCUUGGCUGUACUUGCAUCUAAUAGAGAAAUCAUGGACCUUGAAAGCUGGUUGAGUGCUCGAUUAGUGUCCAGUAAAGAUGCUUUCUAUGAGGAAUGCAUCAGGUUUUUGAAGGAUGUUCAGAUUGGAGAUCAGGACAUCUCUCCCAAUCACCAUCACCCUUCUGGUUCUCUUUUGAAUAUGUACUUGGAAGCUUGUCCCACUGUCUUAAAGGCACUUCAGUCUCAUUCUGGUGUGCUUUCUUCUAAUCACUUGUCUGAGGAAAUUGAAAAAUUGGAUGUCUCUCAUAUGCGUUCUAAUUCAAGAAUGAGAAGUGCUGGGGGUUCUGAUGCUGCUGCUGAUGGUUAUGCUGAUGACAUUGAAACAGAAGCAAAUGCAUACUUCCAUCAAAUGUUCUCUGGUAAUCUAUCUAUCGAUGCUAUGAUUCAAAUGCUUACCCGCUUCAAGGAAUCUCCAGAAGAAAGGAAAAAGUCGAUAUACGAGUGCAUGAUUGCUAAUCUAUUUGAGGAAUACAAUUUUUUCUCGAAGUACCCUGAAAGGCAGCUGAGGAUUGCAGCAGUACUUUUUGGAUCACUCAUCAAGCAUCAACUAGUGACUCACCUUACGCUGGGCAUUGCUUUACGAGCUGUUUUAGAUGCUUUAAGGAAGCCUGCAGAUUCAAAAAUGUUCUCCUUUGGGACCAAGGCAUUGGAGCAGUUUGUGGACCGUCUCAUUGAGUGGCCACAAUACUGCAAUCAUAUCCUGCAAAUAUCUCAUUUGCGGGCUGCUCAUUCAGACCUUGUAGAAUUCAUAGAGAGGGCACUUAACAGGAUCUCAGCUGCUCAUAGUGAACCUGAUGUUGGCCAUAGUACAACUAAUGAUCACCAUCAUGGUCUCACUCCAUCUUCUGCUCCAACUACGGAGCCUGCAGGCUCGCCAUUUUCUCUAAUUGGACCAGGCAGCACACAGUCUGGAUUGCCUGUUUCUCCUUCAAUUCCACUACCACAGAGACCACCGAGUUCUCUUGAUGAAAGGAAACCUUCUACGACUAUCUUUAAUCACAUGAAGCAAUCACAAUCAUCUUCUGCGCAACCUGUUACUGCUCCUUCAAGCGAAAUGCCUACCCUUCAGAAGUCACACAGCGGUGCUGUUCUGUCAGUACAAUCUGCUUCACCGGGCUUUCCACGGUCUUCUAGAUCAACCUCAGCAAGAUUUGGCUCUGCUUUAAACAUUGAGACCCUUGUUGCUGCUGCUGAGAGAAGAGAAACUCCCGUAGAGGUUCCAGCAUCAGAAGCUCAGGACAAGAUAUCUUUUAUUAUAAAUAACUUGUCUGCUGCAAAUGUUGAGGCUAAAGCUAAAGAGUUUAGUGAAAUUCUAAAUCCUCAAUUCUAUCCGUGGUUCGCACAGUAUAUGGUUAUGAAGAGGGCAAGCAUUGAAACAAAUUUUCAUGAUUUGUACUUGAAGUUUCUUGAUAAAGUAAAUUUGAAACCUUUGUUCAGAGAGAUUGUACAGGCCACUUAUGAAAACUGCAAGGUUCUUGUCGGAUCAGACCUUAUAAAGUCUAGUGUGGAAGAACGAUCACUGCUGAAAAAUUUAGGAAGCUGGCUUGGGAAGAUUACAAUCGGCAAAAAUCAAGUUCUAAGGGCACGGGAGAUAGAUCCAAAAUCUUUGAUUAUAGAGGCAUAUGAAAAGGGACUUAUGAUAGCUGUUAUUCCUUUUACCUCAAAGAUUCUGGAACCCUGUUCGAACAGUAUUGCAUAUCAGCCUCCCAACCCUUGGACAAUGGCGAUUCUUGGAUUGCUUGCUGAGAUUUAUGCAAUGCCAAAUUUGAAGAUGAAUCUCAAAUUUGAGAUUGAGGUCCUGUUUAAGCAUUUAAGUGUUGACCUUAAGGAUGUUACACCUACUUCUCUUCUGAAGGAAAAAGUCCGAGAAGUUGAAGGUAAUCCUGAUUUCUCAAAUAAGGAUGUCGGAUCUUCACAACCACCAAUAAUGAAUGAGGUGAAACCUGGAAUAAUUUCGACAUUGAACCAUGUUGAGAUGCCCCUUGAUGUUGCUGCCUCUCCCCUUCCUGGUGGACACUCUCGUAUAAUGUCUCAGCAGUAUGCUGCUCCGCUCCAUCAUUCAUCUGGAACUUUAACGGAGGAUGAGAAGCUAAGCUUGGGGUUUUCUGACCAGCUGCCUUCUGCUCAAGGCCUUCUACAAGGACAGGCACAAUAUGCAGUUAAUCAGGUUCCUGUACCAGCAGCUAAUAUUGAACAGCAAGUUGUUGUCAAUAAAAAGCUUCAGGCUUAUGGCUUACACUUGCAUUUCCAGAGUGUACUUCCAAUUGCCAUGGAUAGAGCUGUUAAAGAAAUAGUGUCCAGUAUCGUGCAACGUAGUGUUUCUAUUGCGACUCAGACAACUAAGGAACUUGUCUUGAAGGAUUAUGCCAUGGAGCCCGAUGAGACCCUUACACGAAAUGCGGCACAUUUGAUGGUGGCAAGGUUGGCGGGAAGUCUUGCUCAUGUAACCUGCAAGGAACCUUUACGUGGUUCGAUAUCAACCCAGCUCAGAAACUCACUUCAGGGCUUCAACAUAUCAACUGAUCUAUCAGAACAAGCAGUUCAACUGGUGACUAAUGAUAAUCUUGACCUAGGCUGUGUGUUGAUUGAACAAGCUGCAACUGAUAAGGCGGUUCAGAGCAUUGAUGGGGACAUAGCUCAACAACUUUCUAUCAGGAGGAAGCAUAGAGAAAGUGUUGGUGCUAGUUUUUUUGAUGCUAGUCUUUAUGCACCGGGUCAAAUGAGCAUUUUACCGGAAGCCCUUCGUCCUAAACCAGGCCAGCUGUCACACUCCCAGCAGCGAGUUUAUGAGGAUUUUGCUCGGUUUCCAGGACAGAAUCGGUCCACCCAGAGCUCAAAUACUGCUCCAGUUGGCCUCUCUGCUUCAUCAGGAGGUGGUGGUUUGUCCAGGCAAUUUGCAUCUACAUCUGGCCAAAUCAGUGGUAGCAUAUACUCGCCUGGCCUUAUUAGCACUGGAAUUGGUGCUGUGCCCCAGACAUUGGAAAUGGGCUCGGAUGAGAUUGAACCUUUUGGAUCCCAGGUUCCUACAAGUCUUCCUUCAACACAUAUUUCAGUUGGUGAUGGUCCUCAAACUUCUGAAAGUGACACCAUUCCUUCAUUGCCUCAUACCUCGACUACUGAUGUGCAAGUGGUGGAACCUUCUAGCUCUGCAAAAGAACUUGGAAAUGCUGCACAGCCUACUAAUGCAACUCUAUCUUCCGAGCGUCCUGGAACUAAUGUCACAGAGCCUUUGAUAACCACUGGGGAUGCAUUGGAAAAGUACCAGACUAUCUCAGAGAAGCUAGAAAAUCAGUUGGCUAAUGAAGCGAAAGAGGUUGAGAUUCAGGCAGUUAUUGCUGAAGUUCCUGCAGUCAUCCUUAGGUGCAUCAGCCGAGAUGAGGCAGCCUUGGCUGUCGCCCAGAAGGCUUUCAAGGGCUUGUAUGAAAAUGCAUCAAAUUGUGCUCAUGUUGAUGCUCACCUUGCAAUCCUGGCGGCUAUACGUGAUGUCAGCAAGCUUGUGGUUAAGGAGCUCACUAGCUGGGUUUUGUACUCUGAGGAGGAUAGGAAGUUCAAUAGAGAUAUCACUAUAGGUCUUAUUCGCAGCGAGUUAUUAAACCUUGGGGAGUAUAACGUUCACAUGGCAAAGCUUCUUGAUGCUGGGAGAAACAAGGCUGCAACUGAAUUUGCCAUUUCUCUCAUACAAACUUUGGUUAUGAACGAUUCUAAAGUGAUAUCAGAGCUUCACAAUCUUGUAGAUGCUCUGGCAAAGCUUGCUGCAAGACCUGGAUCCCCGGAGUCAUUACAACAGCUGAUUGAAAUAGCUAAGAACCCAGCUAAUGCUGGAAAUUUGUCUCCUUUGGCUGUUGGUAAAGAAGAAAUUGCACGAACCCCUAGGGAUAAAAAGUUGCUGGAACAGACCACUGUUCCUGGAACAAGCAGGGAAGAAUUCAGUGUGACAGAAUUGGUGGAUUUUGAUCCUGCUGGUUUCUCUGAACAGGUAUCCGCAUUAUUUACUGAAUGGUACCAAAUAUGCGAACUGCCCGGAGCAAAUGAUGCAGCUUGUGCUCGCCAUGUUUCACUCUUGCAACAGAGAGGGCUUCUUAAAGGAGAUGAGAUGACGGAUCGGUUUUUCCGCAGGAUUAUGGAACUCUCUGUUUCACAUUGUUUAUCAUCGGAGUCACUUUCAUUUCUCGCUAUCGACAUGUAUGCGAAGUUAGUUUUCUCGGUUCUGAAGUUUUUCCCUGCGGAUCAGGGUUCCAGUAAACUUUCACUUCUGCCCAAGGUUCUUGCUGUUACGGUUAAAUUUAUUCUAAAAGAUGCCGAGGAGAGAAAGGCGUCAUUUAAUCCAAGGCCCUACUUUAGGUUGUUUGUUAAUUGGCUGCUUGAUUUGUGUUCAUUGGAUCCAGUAUUUGAUGGUGCAAAUUUUCAGGUAUUGACUGGUCUUGCGAAUGCCUUCCAUGCAAUUCAGCCUCUAAAGGUCCCAGGGUUCAGCUUUGCAUGGCUUGAGUUGGUAAGUCAUAGAAGUUUUAUGCCAAAGUUGCUCACUGCAAAUGCACAAAAAGGAUGGCCAUAUUUCCAGAGAUUACUGGUGGACUUGUUCCAGUUCAUGGAGCCAUUCCUGAGGAAAGUUCAACUUGGGGAACCGGUGCAUUUUCUAUACAAGGGGACACUACGAGUGUUGUUGGUGCUACUUCACGAUUUUCCGGAGUUCCUUUGUGAUUAUCAUUUCAGCUUUUGUGAUGUCAUACCCCCCAGCUGCAUACAAAUGCGGAAUAUAAUCCUUAGUGCAUUUCCUCGCAAUAUGAGGCUUCCAGAUCCUUCUACUCCUAACUUAAAGAUUGACCUUCUGCCUGAGAUUACUCAAUCACCGAGAAUUCUUUCAGAGGUUGAUGCCGCACUUAAAGCAAAGCAGAUCAAGAACGAAGUGGAUGAGUAUCUUAAGACUAGGCAACAAGGAUCUGCAUUUCUCACUGAGUUGAAGCAGAAGCUUCUUCUCUCGCCAAAUGAAGUUGAACGUGCUGGGACUCGUUACAAUGUUCCUCUUAUUAAUUCCCUUGUUCUUUAUGUUGGGAUGCAGGCUCAACAACUGCAAGCGGGUCAUACUCAAACCAUAGCUAAUAUAAGUGCAUUCUUAGUGAGUGCUGCUCUGGAUAUUUUUCAGACGUUAAUAAUGGAUCUUGAUACAGAGGGCCGAUACCUCUUCCUUAAUGCUGUUGCCAACCAAUUGCGUUAUCCAAACAACCACACCCAUUACUUCUCCUUCAUUCUUCUUUAUCUAUUUCAUGAAUCAAACCAGGAAACGAUCCAGGAGCAGAUUACCAGAGUAUUAUUAGAACGUUUGAUUGUUAAUAGGCCUCAUCCAUGGGGUCUUCUGAUUACGUUUAUUGAGCUGAUAAAGAAUCCGAGGUACAGCUUCUGGAGUAGAUCGUUUACGAGGUGUGCCUCUGAGAUCGAAAAGUUGUUUGAAUCAGUAUCGAGGUCAUUUGGAGGCCCUAAACCUGUUGAUGACAGUCUUGUAUCCGCCGGGAUACCCGACAAUCUUCAUUAAACCAACCUUAUUUAUAUGUACCUCUGUACAAAUGUACUAGUAAAUGUUCUUUAGGAGUAAUAUGCAUCGGAGAGUUGAGAAUUUGUCUAUUAUAAUCAUGGUUUAGUAAUUUUCUCUAGAUGUAAUUAUCUACGAUACUCUUAUGCCAAUAUAUGUUACUGUUUUA